AUGGGCUACAUCACUAUUUGGAAGAGGUUGUCGCCUCGCCAGCUCAGCAUUUCCAUCCAGGUAUUCUCUCUGAUCAGCAUCUUCUUCGAGGGCUACGAUCAGGGCGUGAUGGGUGGUGUCAACUCGGCGCCUCGCUAUGUACAGGAGGUUGGCAUUGGUCUGCCUGACGGUACCAUCACAAAUACUGUGCACGAGGGUGGCAUCGUCUCCGUGUACUACCUGGGCUGCAUUUUCGGCUGCUUUGCCGGUGGCUGGGCUGCCGACCGCAUAGGGCGUAUCAACGGUCUCUUCAUUGCCGCGAUGUUUGCGCUCGUGGGUGGCGCCCUGCAGGCUGCCACACAGUCCAGUGACUUUAUGAUCGUCGCGCGCGUAAUCACGGGCAUCGGCACAGGCGCUCUUACCGGCAUCACCCCCGUGCUUGUGUCAGAGGUCUCCACAGCCAAACACCGUGGCGGUUUCCUGGGCUACGUCUUCAUCGCAAACUACCUGGGCAUCUCGCUCGCGUACUGGAUUUCCUUUGGCCUUGCCUUUGUCGACAAUGGCUAUUCGGACGUUCGCUGGCGCUUUCUGCUGGCCUUCCAGACGCUGCCCGCCCUGUUGUUGCUGGCCGGCAUCAAGAUGCUGCCUGAUAGUCCCCGUUACCUGGCCUCUGUUGGCCGCACCGACGAGGCUCGCGAGGUCCUGACGCAGCUGCGCGGCGGCUUCGGCGAGGAGGUCCACCACGAGUUCCUCGAAAUCGUGGCGGUCGCCAAGGGCAGCCAGAAGAGCUCGCCCAUCCAGUUUGCCAAGAUUCUCGCCGGCUGCGGUGGCAAGCCCUGCCACCGCCUCGGCCGCCGCGCCUGGCUGUGCCUGUGGCUGCAGAUCAUGGCCUCGUGGACUGGCAUUACGGCCGUCACGGCCUACUCGCCGACGCUUCUCAAGCAGGCCGGCUACACGGAUCUGACGCAGAACGGUCUGGCCGGCGGUAUCAACACGAUUGGCAUUAUUGGUACCAUCAUCAGCGCUCAGAUUGUUGACCGCCUGGGUCGCCGCCGCUGCCUCAUUGGUGGCGCCUUCGGCCUCUUUGCUGUUAACCUGAUCGCCGCCAGCGUCUACGAGGGCGCUCGCCAUAACCCGACCAAGGUGGCCCAGUACGCGCCAGCUGCUGUGACAAUGCUGUUCCUCUUCAACCUCUUUUAUGCAGCUACCUGGGGCACCGUGGCGUUCCUGAUCCCUACUGAGAUCUGGUCGUCCGACAUGCGCGCUCAGGGCAACGGAUUUGGCAUCACGGGCUGGGCCAUUGGUGUCGGUUGGACCACUCUCGUCAACCCAAUCAUGUUCGCCCAGCUGGAGAGCCGGACCUACUAUUUGUUUGCCGGUCUCAACCUACUUUGGAUGCCAAUUGUCUAUCUCUUUUAUCCGGAAACCGCCGACCGCUCGCUCGAAUCCAUCGACGCCCUUUUCUCCACAAGCAGCCCCUUCAACUGGAACAUGGAGAAGGCCUACCAGCAGCACGGUGACGUCCUCGCCGAGCAUCCUAUCUCAGAUCCUUCACUUGAGUCGGCAUUGUCCGGCCGCGAGCAGGACAAACCUGUCAACGUGGCGCAUGUCUAA